GAGUAUUCAGAGUCUGGAUUAAAUAAUUCGCCUACUAAUACGACUUCAAAUUCUGGAAAAGUAUUAAAUUCGAUAACAUAUGUUGAAAAAGUUGUGCAAAAACAAUAUCGGCUUAAUGUCUUAAACAGUCCAACAGAUGAACUUACCAAGUAUUUGAAUGAGGCUACUUUACCAAUGAACAUCAAUCCUUUGGAAUGGUAG